CUGGCGCAGCCAAUCGGACGCGCCGUCGCCGGGUGAUUGACUGCGAGCGGCCAGAUCCCGAGGAGGCCCUGGCUUGUGCGAGGAAGUGGCUAUCCGCUGGGGGAAGCGGCCGGGGAAGGGGAUGGCCAUGCCCGUCGCGGGGCAGCCGGCGGAAACACAGAGGGAGACCAGGUGACGUGCAGUUCGAAGGAUCAAAGUAGAGUUAAGAAAGCACUGCGGCCCUCCUGGUUUGGUCUUUGAUAUUUGAAGCAUGUGUAUAUAUUAACUUUUGUUUAAGCCGUCAUCUAGGAGGAUUCUGCCUGUGAGAAUUGCUUUACAAGUACAUUAUUAAAUUCAUUCUAGACCACUAUCAAACUAAUCCACCAUUCAAUAAGACUGAAGAAUCUUCCAACUUACUGCAAAUGGAUCAGAAGAGAAGAAGCACAUAUUGGUGAUCAACAUUUACUUGAAGAAUUGCAUUUAUUUUGUACAACUGCAUUUUGCAUUAAAAUACCUCCCCUCAAAAGGGAACAACACCCCUGAGUUAUCGCAUGUCGCGCAUCAAGAGCACUUUAGACUCUGUGUCGAAAGCUGUCAGUAACACGCACACCGAGCUCAUUGGGAAACUCGUACGAUUGAAACCCACUCUAAGUAUUUCAGUGAAACAUUCAGAAACUGAGAUAGGCGUGCCACGUGAAAGUUCAGAGAAACUAACCACCACUAAGUCUAAUGAAGCUGAGGAUGGUUUGGAUCUGAACCAGACAACAGAGAAUACCCUUCAUUCAGUUUCCAACUCUCCUAUUGGUUCAGAACGCGAAGAUAAUUCCAACAAGAAAUCAUUUAGUAAUGGUGCAAUUAAUAAAGAGAGAGAUGAAAAACCAAACCUCUUCCACGUCAGCUCCAUCACUACAAAUUUUGGUGAAACAUACAAUUAUGUGGCAAGUCAUAUCAAUAGUUACUUUGGGAAUGUGGAGCAAAUAGAUACAGAAAAAGACAGUAAAUUACCUUUUUUUGACCAAAAAGGUGGGUCUAAGACUGAACCCAUAUGGACACCAGCUUUUAAAUCAAAAGUAAGUGGAGUAGAUGAUAAAAGAAUCAACGGUUUAAGUACCUGCAGUGGUUAUACUGCGGCACCUGGCACAUCCUCUUCAACUGCAUCGACAAAAAAGAGUUUUGCUAGCUUACUUUCAUAUCCAACAAGUAGUGUUCAAGCAUUUGUGGAUACCUGCUUUGGUAGUUUUGUUCCCAAGCUACGAACUGAAAUGAAAGAGAACGCUGAAAUUAAGAAUAAAAAGCAGAAGGGUGAAAGUGCAAUGAAAGACAAUGAGAAAAACGAUGACAGAGAAGCCAAGCCAGUGGAUGAUAAAGUCAAGUAUUUGGCUCUUCAGCGAGAAAAGAUCAUUGCCAAGUUCAGUGUGGAUAACAGGACAAGAGCUUUGGUGCAGGCACUACGUAGAGCUUCUGAUGUUAGAGUGUACAUCAAUCGAGUAGAAGAACUGAAUUACCACCUUCUCGAAUUCCCUGAAACCAGGGCAGUGGCUGUCAAGGAACAGCUAAUUCCUCGCUUGUUACGUCUGAGGCAGGCAAAUGAUGAAACCCUUCAGAGUGCAGUCAGAGAGACUCUGGCAUUAAUUGGGUAUUCGGAUCCUGUUAAAGGCCGUGGUAUUAGAGUCUUGGCUAUUGAUGGAGGCGGAACAAGGGGACUGGUUGCUCUUCAGACCCUUCGUAAACUUGAAGAAUUGACAGGAAAGCAAGCCUACCAACUCUUUGACUACAUCUGUGGAGUUAGCACAGGUGCCAUACUCGCCUUCAUGUUGGGGUUUUUCCAGAUUCCAUUGGAUGAUUGUGAGGAAAUGUACCGAAAGAUAGGGACAGAUGUAUUUAAACAGAAUGUAAUAGUGGGAACAAUGAAAAUGGGCUGGAGCCAUGCCUUUUAUGAGAGUGAGCCAUGGGAAAAAGUACUGAAGGAAAGAAUGGGUGAAGAUCUUUUAAUUCAAACCGCAAGGAAUCCAAAAAGCCCGAAGGUAGCAGCAGUGAGCACUAUAGUGAACAAAGGGAUACCAUUGAAAGCAUUUGUUUUCAGGAACUACAAUCACCUACCUGGUGUAAGAUCGCACUAUAUGGGUGGGUGUAAAUUUAAACUCUGGCAGGCAAUCCGAGCAUCUUCAGCUGCACCCGGCUAUUUCCAAGAAUAUGCUAUUGGCAGUGACCUUCAUCAGGAUGGCGGCUUGCUCAUUAACAAUCCUUGUGCACUGGCCAUACAUGAGUGUAAGCGCCUUUGGCCAAACACACCCUUUCAGUGUGUGAUCUCUCUUGGAACUGGACGCUAUGAAACAUUGGGGAAAAUCAAUGUGACUUAUACAAGUCUCAAAACAAAACUGACUAACGUAAUAAGCAGUGCCACAGAUACAGAAGAAGUUCAUACCAUGCUCGAUGCUCUUCUGCCUCCUGACACCUAUUUCCGUUUCAAUCCUUUCAUGAGUGAGGAUAUAGUAUUGGACGAAAACCGUAAGGAGAAGCUGAAUCAGCUGCAAAUGGAUGGGGCACGGUACCUUGAACGGAAUGAACCCAAGCUCAAGAAGGCUGCUAAAAUACUUGGUCAGGAGAAGGAUUUGCUUCAGAAAGUAGCUGAUUGGUUUAAAUUAAAAACAGAUAUGUAUGAUGGUCUUCCUCUGACUUCCAAGUUGUAAAUUAAAAUUCACAUUUCUGGAUUCCAGCUAGUGGUCACAUCAGUGUAAUUCCAUCAUACUGAAAUUCAAUCCAUGCUUAAAACCUUGAGAGCAGUAAGGAAUUUGAGUUAAUACUUGAAUUAGCUCUGUUUUUUUUAAAAUACCGAUGUGACUUAUCCCAUAGAUUAUACAUCAGGUUUCAUUCUCCUCAUGCUUGUAAAAUGCUGCUUUCUUUGUCUUCAACUGAUGUUCAUGUGGUGCUCAGUAUAUUUUGUGGUUGUAGUGAGUCUGUUCUGCAUUGGUUUGGAUUAAUUUCUCCUUUUGUGCCAUAACUAUAUUUAUAGAUGUGAUGAUAUUAAACAUGGUUUAAGCAGUAACACGAUCAUGCUGGUUGAAAGUAUACUUUGUUAAUUUACCCUGAAAAAUUGUUCUACCACAUAAUUUUCAGCCCCCAGCAGUUCACAAUAUUUCUGCGGCCGGGAGAUUUUGAAAACUGUAUUAAUAUAGGCACUUGAGCAUAGUCUGCUGUUUAACAAAUAAUUCAUUUACCAUGUUUCCUGACAGAAUUGUAAUAUACUGUACAAUUCCAUUUUCUUGUGCAUAUCAAUAAACUUUCUAGCUUAAAAUUA